AUGGAAGGUUGGAGACAACCCCACUCUGAUAUGCUGCGUUUGGUCCCUGCAUUGCGCAUUCACAAGGUGAAUGGAACAGAUGCUGCAGUUUCACCAACCACACCUUAUUCAGUGAGUCCGAAUGUCAACAACACUCAGGUGACACCCCCAGACAACAGUACGACAGCUGAAGGGCAGGUCCGCCUGGCCAAUGGAGGAAACAGCUCCUGCUCUGGAAGAGUAGAGAUCUUCCACAAUGGACAGUGGGGGACGGUGUGUGACGAUAACUGGGACCUGAACGAUGCUCUGGUGGUGUGCAGACAGCUGGGCUGUGGCGGGGCUCGUUCUGCAUUACACAAUGCAGCUUUUGGACCGGGCACAGGACCCAUCUGGUUGGACAAUGUCCACUGUUCAGGAAACGAACUAUCAAUAACAGACUGCAGACAUCCAGAGUUUGGGGUUCACAACUGUGCUCACAGAGAAGAUGCUAGUGUUGUUUGUGAAUUCCAGCGCCCUCCAUUCCAGCCUUCUCAUCUUAUUUGUGGCCGUGAUAAAAUUCAAGUCGCGCUGGAUGUGGCCAUCAUGACAUCCUUUGGUUUGAACGCGUUCUCUGGAAACUUGGCAGUCCAUAACUGCUCCUGGGUCAGAGUGCGUGAUGGUGUAGUUUGGUAUGAAGUGGAUGCUCAGGAAGGUGCCUGUGGAAACACACUUAGGACCAACAGCACACAUGCCAUCUACUCCAACAGUUUAUUUGUCUACCCACUGAACAACACAUACUUCACACCUUCUGUGAGGCUUCCUUUCUUCUGUGUGUAUCCCCUCGACACAGACACCAGCCUGAAUGUGGCUAUCAGCCCAUUCCUGCCAUUGGCAGGUGGCCUUUCGGGUGUGGGUGAACCUGCCAGAGCAUCCAUGUCUCUGUUCCGCAACUCCAACUUCACUGAGGCUUAUCCAGCAGGCUGGGUCAGCCUCCCAGUGGGCUCACCUCUGUUUGUGGGCAUCUCUGUGGAAGAGAGAGAUACAGGAUUUGUAGUUGUUCUGGAGGACUGCUACUCCACUCACUCACCAAACUCUAGUGAUCCAGCGCAAUACUUUCUCAUCCAGAAUAAGUGUCCUGCUGACCGCCGACAGGUGUCAGUGGUUGAGAACGGCUCAUCCCUCAAGGCUCGUUUUUCUGCCCUGUUCUUCCUGUUCCAGGGUGACUACCAAAAUGUCUAUCUUCACUGCAACCUAAGCUUGUGCAACCGGAGGACUCACAAUUGUGUUCCAUUUUGCUCAAGUCGGACACAUCGCUCUGUUUCCCACUCUAUUCCUGUGAAGCCCCUCACCAUUGGUCCAAUCACUUGGGACAAGUCAUCAAAGGCAGCUGAUGACCUACAGUAA